AUGUCUGCCAAUCCCUCCCCUCAGCCUCCUGGUCAAUCUCCUCAAGCCUCCCACCCACCUCCAUACUAUCCCGUUCACCAGAAACCUCAUCAACCCAUACAAGAAGAAAAGUCCAGCCGCGCCGGCAUCAUCGGUGCCACAGGUGGCGGCCUGACCGCACAUCUCCUCGGCGGAGGUAUCCUGAGCACCAUCGGAGGCGCUAUGGCUGGUGCUGCGGGGGCGAAGAAGAUCAGCGAGAGAAAGAGGGAGAAGGAGCAGCACGAGAGCGAGACCUAG